GAAUUCAGAAACUUCAAGCAAUUUGGAUUCUUUAAACAAUUCAGAAACUUCAAAUGAUUUAAAUAGUUCAAAUGAUUUAGAUAUUUCAAAUAUAAUUAAAAACUUACCUCCAAUCAGUAGUCAACAAGUUAUGCGUAGAGUUCCUAAUCGAAAUAGUUAUGAAAAGCAAGAUUCAAGUAAUAAUGAUGACAAUAAUUCUAAG